GCAUAAAUGGGUAGGGUACAUACAUACAUAUGUAUGUACAUACGUUAUAUAUAGAACCAGCUGUAGUUAGUCGUAGUUAAUAUGUGGUUGGUUGCUAUUUAAUAAAAGUGCCCAGAUAAAAUAAAAUGUGCAGACAAACUGAGAGUCACCGCUAAAUAGAAAGUAAUGCGAACACACUAACACACACGCACUACGCAAUUGCAAAUAAUCAUGUACAUAGUAUUUCCUGUGUAAUUGAAAAUUUACAAAUUAAAAAAAAAAAAACAAAGCGCGCUGUAGAACGCUGUAGACACCAAAACCAGCUGGCAUAAAAGAGCUCUUUGUCUGAGGCGGCGCUGCUGUAAAUAAUUUGCAGUUCUUGUAAUAGUUCGAGUUGUCUGCGGUUGCGCUUGUGAAGAGACACAUACGAGUACAUGCACACACAGAUACAAAUGUAUGUGCAUAGAUGUACAAUAAGUGUCGUUGUGUGCGAGACAAGAAAUGCAAGUGCAACAAAGCAACAAGCUUACCACGCACCAUAACAACAACAAUAGCCAAACAGUCUGUCAACCUUAGUGGCCGAGCACAGACGUUGCAGUAUUGUAUCCGCGUUUCUGUGCAACAACAUCGCAGUAGAAAGCUGAAAUCUAAAUUGCAGCAACAAUAACAAGGGCAACAAAGAGAGACGUGCAACUCCAUCCAGCUUUGACAGCAACUUUUUUUCUGCUUCUUAUUUGUCAUUUGGUGUUUCAAGAAAGAGAGAACAGGGGAAGAGGGAUUACGAUUCAAGCCAUUUACAACUGCAAGUUUCAAGAUGUCUACAGUGAACAAAGAAAGUCCGAGCCGCGACUCAACAGCGUCCACCUCCGGUCACGUCUCCAUGCUCUCCGAGGAGUCCCUAACGCGCGAUUACAGCAUGGGGAGUCUAAACUCGGCGGGCAGUCAGGAUGAAUUCUUUCGCUGUCGCGAUCAUCCGGAUUUCGUUUUGAAAAGGAUGCAACUAUAUUUGGAUAAUCAGCAGUUGUGCGAUGUAGUGCUCAUCGCUGGUAUCGAUGGCAAACGUGUGCCGGCACAUCGUUUGGUGCUUUCCGCCUCGAGCGCAUAUUUCUCGGCCAUGUUUACCGGAUCGCUGCGUGAAGCGAAGGAGAAUGAUGUGACCUUGGGUGAGGUACAUGGGGAUGCUUUACAAUUAUUGGUGCAAUACUGCUAUACUGGAUUUAUUGAGCUACGAGAAGAUACAGUCGAAACCCUGCUGGCAACUGCCUGCCUGUUGCAGCUGACCUCUGUGGUGAAUGCCUGCUGCAAUUUCCUAGCCCGUCAGCUGCAUCCGUCCAAUUGUCUGGGAUUUGCGUUCUUUGCUGAACAGCAGAGCUGCACGACUCUUCUCCAGCUGGCCCAGGCUUAUACCUGCCAGAAUUUUAUGCAGGUCUGCCAGAAUCAAGAGUUCUUUCAGCUAAAUGCCGAACAGCUGGGAAAGCUGCUCUCCAGCAACGAUCUCAAUGUGCCAUCCGAGCAAGAUGUCUUUCACAGCCUCAUGUCGUGGGUGCGUCAUGAUUUGCAGAAUCGAGAGCAGCACAUUUCCGAACUUCUGGCGCUGGUACGACUCCCAUUGAUGCCACCAUCCUUCAUUAUGGAUCAUGUCGAGAAUGUUUCCAAAUCCAGUGAAUGUCAAAAGCUCGUCAUGGAGGCCUUCAAAUGGCACUUAAUGCCCGAGCGUCGCUCCCUGAUCGCCACAGAGCGUACAACACCCCGGAAAUCGACUGUGGGUCGUCUAUUGGCUGUUGGCGGCAUGGAUGCCCACAAGGGUGCCAUCAGUAUUGAGAGUUACUGUCCGCGUCUCAACAAAUGGACACCUUGGAAACAUAUGACAGCACGUCGCUUGCAAUUCGGUACAGCUGUUAUGGAAGAUAAGCUCAUUCUGGUGGGUGGACGCGAUGGCCUUAAAACACUGAACACGGUGGAGUGUUUGGAUUUGAAUAGCAUGUCUUGGACCCCACUAAAUCCCAUGGCGACUCCACGUCAUGGCCUGGGUGUGGCCGUUUUGGAGGGACCACUCUACGCCGUGGGCGGUCACGAUGGCUGGAGUUACCUGAACACGGUGGAGCGCUGGGACCCUGUUGCACGCACCUGGAAUUAUGUGGCGCCUAUGUCUUCAAUGCGCUCGACUGCUGGCGUGGCCGUGCUGGGCGGUCGUCUUUAUGCCGUAGGCGGACGUGAUGGUUCCGUUUGCCAUCGCUCCAUCGAAUGUUAUGAUCCGCACACCAACAAAUGGAGUCUGCUGGCCCCCAUGAACAGACGCCGUGGCGGUGUAGGCGUGGCCGUAGCAAAUGGAUUUCUUUAUGCUCUAGGCGGUCACGAUUGUCCAGCGAGCAAUCCCAUGGUCUGUCGCACAGAAACGGUUGAGCGUUACGAUCCAGCCACUGAUACUUGGACACUGAUCUGCUCGCUGGCUGUGGGUAGGGAUGCUAUUGGUUGUGCAUUGUUGGGAGAUCGUCUCAUUGCUGUUGGCGGUUACGAUGGAAAUCAUGCACUAAAGGCUGUAGAGGAAUACGAUCCGGUUCGUAAUGGCUGGAACGAUUUGGCGCCCAUGUCGUUUCCACGAGCUGGUUCCUGUGUUGUCGCCAUACCAAAUUCCAUACCGCCGGCCGCUAAUCCGCCGGCACCACCCAGUACAACAAAAAAGAAGAAGUGGAAGCCAGUUAGAUUGGAUCCGAUCUGCUAUAGGCGACGUAGACCCAUUGAAUUUAUCGACCAUUAUGACUCGUAAUGCGAAAAAGAACUACAUACAUACAUACAUAUAUAAAUAUUUUUAAGUAAUCAAGACAAAGAAACCCAGUAAGCAAGCAAAGCUUCAGAAAUAAUUUACAAGCCAACAAAAAAAAAAAAAAAAACGAAAGAAAAGAAGAGAAAUGUCUUCAAUACACAAUACCUUAUUUUCUAUAAAUUUAUAUUUUUACACAAACAAACUAUAUAAGUACAUAAAUGUAUACACUUUCAAAAA